AUGUCAACGAUACAAGAUAUUAUUAAAAUUCUUACUCUUCAACCAGAUAAUUUUACCAAAACCCAUGCACAUGAUGCAAUCUCUGAGAUAAUGCAGCAACGAGCAACUUCUGCUCAAAUUGCGUCUUUUUUAGUAGCUUUAAAGUUACAACAUAAGGACUCUGACCCAGGAAUUGUCGCAACUUGUGUUAGUUCAAUGCUUGAAUUUGCUGUCAAUUUAGAUUUUUCAAUAUAUGAGGGAUUACAAGAAUCACUUGUAGAUGUUGUAGGGACAGGUGGAGAUGGCAAGGAUACUUUUAAUGUAUCAACCACGACAGCAAUUGUUAUUGCAGGUGCUGGAUGCAAAGUGGCCAAGUUUGGAAAUAGAUCCGCUUCAUCAAAAUGUGGUUCUGCUGACAUUCUCGAAAAAGUAGGAUGUCAAAUCACCAAUCUGUCACCAACCAAAGUUCCACAAAUAAUAGAUUCCACAAAUUUUUGUUUCCUAUAUGCACCAACAUUUCAUCCAGCAGUAAAAAAUGCAGCAAUUACGCGUCGAGAAAUAGGAAUACCAACUAUAUUUAAUUUAUUGGGUCCUUUAAGUAAUCCUGCUAAACCAAAACGAGUUUUAAUUGGAGUAUAUAAAAAGAAUUUAGGAAGAUUGGUAAUUGAAUCAUUAAAAUUAAGAAAUGUAACAGAAGCUAUGGUUGUUCAUGGAGCUAUUGGUCUAGAUGAAAUAAGUACGGAAGGUGAAACUUUUAUCUGGCAUCUUUCAAAAUCAAAUAUAAAAGAAUAUACAGUAACACCAUCUGAUUUCGGAUUGCCCAAUCAUCCUAUAAGUGCAGUUGAAGGUGGAAACCCUCAAGAAAAUGCUGAUCUUCUAAUUCAAAUACUUUCUAAUCAAUACAAUGGUCCCAUUUUAGAUUUUAUACUCUUAAAUUCAUCAGCUGCUUUGGUAAUAGCUGGAUUAGCUAAAGAUUUUAAAGAUGGAGUGAGAUUGGCUCGAGAAAGUAUUUUGAGUGGUAAAGCGAAGAAAGUGUUGGAUGAAUUUAGGAAACAAACUGAUGAUGAACAAUAA